CCUCUCUGUGACUGGAAUCCUGUUCACAGUGAGAAUGGAACAAGGAGCCCUCUUUCAGAUUGGUUUCUUCCUCUUGCUUACAGUGGCAACAAUUUCAGCACUGCCACGGGACUGCACAGAGAUUCAGCAUAAGAGCAAGAAUGCUACUUCAGGGCUUUAUGUCAUUCAGCCUGUACGAUCCCCUCCACUUGUGGUCAACUGUGUCAUGAAUCGCAAUGGUGGCUGGACAGUGAUUCAAAGAAACAGAAGAAGCAGCAAGAUCACCUGGAGAGAAAGCUGGACCACAUAUAAAUAUGGCUUUGGUGAUGUGAUGAGUGACCACUGGCUGGGCAAUGAGUACAUCUACCUUCUGACCAAGCAGAAUAGGUACAAACUGAGAAUAGAGUUUAGAGACUAUAGAAAUACAUUUAAAUAUGCAGAGUAUUCUUCUUUUUACCUAGAACCUGAGAGUGGGAAGUAUACUAUCAGACUUGGCCCAUUUACUGGGAAUGUUCCUGAUCAACUGACCAGACUUACAAAGACUGCAAUGAUUGAUAACCAGGCUUUUACUACAAGGGAUAGAGAUAAUGACAACUACCGAAGUUGUUGUGCUGUUCGUUAUGGUGGAUGGUGGUUUGAUGCUUGUGGAUAUGCAUACCUUAAUAACAAGAACCCAUACUGGUCUGGAAUUUCCAUUUUGAAAGUCACCAUGAUGAUUCAAGCAACAUGUUAACUGGGGCUUCAAAGAAAGAUAUCAGUUUGUUUGCCACUCUUAUUUAUUCAGUGGCCAUGAAUAUCACAUAGUUAUUAUGAAAGAAAUCAAAUUAUUUCCAAGACUAUAAAAUGCCAGUGGUAUGCAGUAUACAAUCCACUCUUAGCUCCAACUUUCUGCCCAGGUAAUCAAUCCCAUAAA